CCUAUAAAAAGCAAGAACCCUGCGACCGCCUAUCAGUGAAACCUGUGAAGAACUGCCGCUGCUUGCGGGCCAAGUAUCUAAAGAUGACUCGAUUGUGGACGUGAUGCAAGAGGAGCAGGGAUGUUCUUACACAACUUCUGGGGUGCUUUAUAUUGUGCAAUUUUGCAUCUGGCAUAUCCGCCGCUGAUUUGUCUUAGACACCGAAGUUUGAGAAUUAGAAUGAAGCCGAAAUAUAUAUUUGCAUGCCACAGAACGAAAACAUCCACGAGCGUUUGUCUGCACCUGAUGCUGGAGCUGGCAGAUAUCAUGAAGCGCCGAAAAUAUUGCUUUACUUUCAAAAUAUGAAAACACAUGUCUGCUGGGAUGGAGCGCAGCGGUCACUUCAAACCAACACCUGGCCAUUUCGAGGUUUUGAACAGCUCGACCGGCACCAAUGUGACUUUAACACCUAAAACGGACGAAAUACAAGAAAGUUUCGCGUUUCAAGUCACCUUAGCGUCAGUUCUGGGUCUCAUCACUCUUGCGACGAUAUUAAGCAAUGCGUUUGUCAUCGCCACCAUCUCCCAGUCCAGAAAGCUCCAGACACCGGCGAACUUCUUGAUAGCGUCCCUGGCCGUCACGGACCUUCUUGUGUCGGUGCUCGUGAUGCCCAUUUGCGUGCUUUACACGGUCACGCAUGUGUGGUCGCUUGGGCAGGUUAUCUGCGACAUCUGGCUGUCCUCAGAUAUCACCUGUUGCACCGCGUCCAUUCUACACCUCUGCGUAAUCGCCUUGGAUCGAUACUGGGCUAUAACGGACGCGGUCGAGUAUGCCAAGAAACGCACCAAAGCGCGCGCCGCGGGGAUGGUGGCGACCGCCUGGAUCAUCGCCAUCUCCAUCUCCCUGCCGCCUUUCUUCUGGCGACAGGUGAAGGCGGGGGAGCUCACCACCUGCUCGGUCAACACGGACCACAUCUUCUACACCAUCUACUCCACUUUCGGAGCUUUCUACAUCCCUACACUGUUGCUCAUCGCCCUGUACGGGCGGAUUUACGUGGAGGCGCGGAAGCGCAUUUUGAAGCAGUCGCCCAAAAAAGCGGGGAAAAGACUAACUUCGGCACAUCUGAGCACUAAUUCUCCCGCUUCGGUGGCUUCGACUUCUCCUUUGAAUUGUGGAAGGCAAGACCUUUACUCGGACAGCGGGUCUCUAGGCAGUGACAAUCAAAUUAGAGUAACUGUGUCCGAUUCACUUCUGGAGAAAAAGAGAAUCUCGGCUGCGCGCGAGAGGAAAGCCACCAAAACCCUGGGCGUUAUUUUGGGAGCCUAUAUUGUGUGCUGGUUGCCGUUUUUCAUUUACACACUGCUGGUUCCCCUCUGUCCAUCCUGCUUUUGCGCAGAACUCUUUGACUUUUUCAAUUGGCUUGGCUAUGUGAACUCACUUAUCAAUCCAAUAAUAUACACCAUGUCGAAUGAGGAUUUUAAAAAAGCUUUUCACAAACUCAUAAGAUUUAGAUGUUGCAGACGAUAGUAUAAAAAGAUAAAUAAUAUUAGGAUAAUCAUGCAGUCAGACGGUCAUUAUCGCAAGUAAUAUCGCUGCGUUGUUGAAUGCUUGAUUCUGAUUGGUCGACAGAGAGUCUAAGGUGUUGAUUGUUACACCUGCAGGGAUUUGAAGCAGUUCCAGUUCAUUACAGUCACAUAUUAUUAUUUCAAGGUUUUUUUUUUUAUCAGCAUGGCACAAAGGAAACGAAACAAAUAUACGGCCAAUCAAAUAAAUGACAGACAACAGAAUAGAAAUGACAAAGUAUUUCAAUUUUGUCUUAACUAAUUAAUCUAAUAGCCUCAUUGUCUGUAAUAUGAUUCUGCCUAUUAACCUUGCCGAGAGCCGCCCGCAGCAGACGCAGGUAAUCACACGCGCGCUCCCUCCAUCGCGCUUUUUUCUUUUCUUUCACAAACACACAACCUUGGUUACUCCAUUAACUGCUUAGAAACAGCCCACGCCUUGCUGCUAGUUCAAAAAGUGAAAUUUUCCUCACUUGUUUCAUAAUAAUAAAAAAAAAAAGUUAAAUGUUAAAAUGCAACAGUAGCCAUUGUGUAAGCAAUUAACUCCAGUUUCACGUCGUGGCUAAUUGUGUAGAAAAACUAACAUUGUACAAAUCGUACGUUUUCCUACGAUUCACAUCAAUUCAUACGAAAUUACCUCCUUGAUCCUUUGUCCUGGUAAUGACCGUCUGACUGCACAUAUAUCACAUGACUGCUUUAAAAAAUACAAAAAAUCACGAAAUAAAGAAGUAAAUGGCCAAGAAAUGAUUAGCGAAUUGAUUAGUUUAGUAGAGAUACAGAUACAGGUUUCCUAGAUGAGCGGUCAAUCAAACUGGUCAUCAAAAAUCCCAAACAGCCGUUUUAUAAACCCUGUUAUGUGGGCCUUGUUUGACUUACUAGAUGUAGGCUACUCCUGCAAAACUGAGCAUAAUUUACAAUGACUUUGGAUUCCGUAAUAGUGCUUUGACAGCUUGUGGUCAACUAGUUACUAAUUAAUAAUGCAAAAAUGUGUAAAAAGCUUCAUUGUCUUUAAAAAAAUGUGCAAUUAAAUUGCUCUUAUGUGAUCACUGCUUAUAGCUGCUGACUGAUCCUAAACUUAAUAAAUACGUUGGGCAAUCCAUU